AUGGAAGAGUCCCAGAGUUCUAACGCCGAGGCCGAGACGGCCCGGCCCUCGAGCACUGAUAGUAAUGGGUUUCCGGUCAAGGAUUCCGACGCCAUUAAACUUUUCGUCGGCCAAGUAAGUGGAAUUGAGUUGUAAAGGGAAUGGUUAAUUUGCAUAAUUAAGCUCAAACUUGUUACGUAAUGCGAUUAGGCAACGUCAUGGACGUCUUCCUUUCAUAAAUAGGCUUCUGUAUUUCGAAAAGGAGUUCGCUUCGAGCAUUUCAAGUAAAAGUUAUGUGUUUUGCAGACUGGAAUGCUAUGAAUGAUGUCAAAGUGUUAUGAAUGCUGUGCUAUGAAUCCUGUAGAAAGCUUUCGGAAAAUACGCAUGAAUAAAAAUGUUAUUGCUAGAGUAAAGUAAUCAAUAACAAAAAUAAUAAUUGCUCGAGGCCGUUAUUGAAGCCGCAAACACACCUAACGCCCCUGUUUUCAGAUUCCGCGCAAUUUGGAAGAGAAGGACCUCAGGCACAUGUUCGAAUCGUUCGGCAAGAUAUACGAAUUCACCAUCCUCAAGGACAAAUAUACGGGUAUGCACAAGGGGUGCGCCUUCUUGACCUACUGUCACCGUGACAGCUCCAUCCGAUGCCAAGCAGCGCUACACGACCAGAAGACGCUUCCGGGAGUAAGUCUAAAUAAAUAAAGUAGCGCUUAGUCACUUCUGAGGCAGAAAAGUAGGUACAUAAAUGAAAAAAGUAUUCGAAGUACAUCAAAUUUAAAGUAAGAAACGCCCUGAGGCACCGAAUUUGGUGCAAUUUGGGUAAGAGGAGGGGAAACGAAGGCCGACGCCGGAGACAAACAAUUCCGAGCGAAGUGUGGCCCCAAUUCCAAGGUUCGCUACCUCCACAAAGUUUACUUUCUUUUCUUCAGAUGAACCGUGCCAUGCAGGUCAAACCCGCCGAUUCCGACUCCAGGCCCAGCUCUCCCAAGGCCAACGACGAUCGCAAGCUGUUCAUCGGGAUGUUGUCGAAACAACAAGGUGAAGAAGAGGUAAAAGCCUUGCUGUCAGCCUUCGGAAAGAUCGAAGAAGUUACAGUGCUAAGGGCGGCAGAUGGCGUAUCAAAAGUGAGUUGAAUCUUUUGGUUAUGUCAACUCUUCUUUACAUCGUAAAACAUUUAUACCUAAUCAUUUUCUUUCGCACCAAUGUUAAAACUAUAAUAAUUUGGAUCCAAAAUGCAAAUCAUGCUUCUUAUUAAUACCCAUUUAUAAAAAACGGACUACAUUAGUACCGUAGCCGUCUUCUUGUAAUCGAAAGCACAUUAUCCAUGUUUAUGAACACUUCUCUCCAGGGAUGUGCAUUUGCCAAGUUCGCAAACGCCAGCGAUGCCCAGAGGGCUAUUUCCGCCCUUCAUGGAAGUCAGACGAUGCGAGGUGCUUCAAGCAGUUUGGUGGUCAAGUUGGCGGACACAGAGAAAGAGAGACAGCUGAGGAGGAUGCAGCAGAUGGCCUCCCAGAUCGGGAUUCUGAAUCCACUAUUGGCGGCACAGUCCGGCAUCUACACCGCCGCCCCAGCCAACCCUCUCAAUCAGAUUAAUGUAAGCCUACAAUAUCACAGUAGAGUAAAAAGAAUAGUAGUUUUGUCAAAAGGUACGAGCAAUAGAAAGAAAUAGACUUAUUCAUCAUGCUAUCAAAUUCUUACUUGACCUAGCUUACUUUAAAAUAUAUUGUAUUAGUCUUAAUACUGAGAAUUUACAGGUGCUACAACAACAACAAGCCGCCCAACUUGUAGCAGCUGCCUCCAUCCAGAACCCGGUAUCGGCUUCGUAUCUUCCGAUCCUCCAAAGCCAGACCUUAACCACCCCAACUAGUAUAUUACCCACACAAACCUCCACCAAUCAGGCGGCCGUAGCAGCAGCUGUGGCCGCUGCUCAAGCCCAGGCACAAGCCCAAGCUCAGGUACAGGCAGCCGCCCAAAUUCAGCAGCUGGGACUGCAAGGACAGAUCCCAGCAUCAAAUGGACAAUUACAGACUCAACUGACUGCGUUGGCCGCUCAUCCAGGUACAACAUCCACCGCCAACACAACCGCCGACUUGACUACGACAGCUGCUUACAAUGCUGUCCAGGCAGGUAACUACAACCAGCUGAUUGGCUACGAUCAGACUCAGAAUUGUAAGUUUUCUACAACCAUUAUAUUAUCUAUAACGCGCCUUUUCUGAAAUUAAAUAAACUAAACCAUUUUCUUUCAGCUUCGGCGGUUUAUAAUCAAACCAUCCAGCAAUUACAACAACAACAACAAAUGGCACAAUUGGCAGCUGUAGCCGCGGCUUCUGGAGCUGGACUAUUACCUGGAUUUGCUCACAAAGAAGGUAAAACCAUUUUUGCUGCAUUAGAAGCGUGAAAUAAAUACAAAGUUGGCAAGUCUAAUUGCAUCUUGAAACGGUAAAAAAUAAUUGAAAACUUUUUGCAAAGAAUUCGUCAAUGAAUCUGGACUCAGGGCGCAGUUUGGGACAAGGGUUUCGCAGUUUGCAGAGAAAUAAAUUACCCAAGGAUAUUUAUUUGGGAAAAAACGGAAAAAUAUACCGACUUUGGCUGUUUUUUACCAAAAAUGUCAGUUAUAAGAUUGUACUUAAAAUGAAAGUAAUCUUUACCUCUUUAUUUUCAGUUCCCGGCCCCGAAGGCUGUAACUUGUUCAUCUACCACCUUCCUCAAGAGUUUGGCGAUGCUGAACUCACUCAGAUGUUCUUACCUUUUGGCACCGUUCUCAGUGCCAAGGUCUUCAUAGACCGUGCCACAAAUCAGAGCAAAUGUUUCGGUAAGUCGAGUACUUUUACAGAGUAAAUGUUGGCAUGUUGUGAUGAACAACUUGUCAAUUAAAAACAAUUGAUAAACUGUUUGUCUGGCAAUAGUCAUACGAUCGUAUACAUACACUUCCAUGCUUCAUACGAGCGUAUUUUACAUAGUUAAUGUAUAAUCGUGUGGUAUCAUAGAUGUUAUGAUACGAUCGUAUAGUAGAGUUUGAAUUGUAUGGUACAGGUUCCAUCGUAUGGUACACUUAGUCGGUUCAUGGCUUUUUUCUAUUCAAGGCUUUGAACGCGGUACCAGCGGUACCAUUAUAUAUAGUCGGUUGGUUUGGAUACUGUAAGGUUGUCGAGUACUGUAACAUUACUUUUGGUUGGCUUUUCGGAAUUGAGUUUACAUUCUUGGCAUCGUAAAAGUGUAGUUACAAUUAUCAGUAUCGUACUCCAGGUUUUGUUUAGGGUACGGUAUUGUGUGGAGGGAUAUUGUAGUGCUGGUGGUCAUGAAAGGAUACAGUAUUAGGUCGUUGAAUAUAUGUACUGUACUAUUUUGUAAUGUGUUACAAUAACAGUACUAGCAGACCUAUACUGGCACUGCAGUACCCUCUGCGGUGCUUUUGGUUCUAUUUUCAUUUAGCACGGUGACUUUCCUUAUCGUACCUCGUACUGUGCUUUCUAGGGUUUGUAUCGUACGACAAUCCGAAUUCGGCGAUGGCGGCGAUCCAGGCGAUGAACGGCUUCCAGAUCGGGAUGAAACGCCUGAAGGUGCAGUUCAAACGCCCCCGAGACAAGCCCUACUGAGACUACUGUAACAUCUCCUCGAAAUGUAAUUGUACACUAUAUAUUUUGGUUUUCAUUUGGUUCUUUUGUUUUCGAUUGUGACCAUAUUGUAGCUUUUAUCUUAACAUUUUAAGCACUAAUUGGCAUCAUACAAUGUUCGUAUGUAAACAUGUGGUAUGGUCGUAUGUUCCAUGAUAUCCGGUCGAGAGUACGGUAGGGAAACCGACUUUACUACGGUCGUAUCUUCAGAUAUUCGUUUUCCGUUAAGUUUGCUGUAGUUACUGUAUUAUUAUUACAGUAACUACAGUAAUAUUUUGGUUACUGUACUAAUACUUAUACAAGAGUUACAGUAACCUUUCCCGACCGUACCUCGACAUACGAUCUCUUCAUUGUGAUGGUCUAUGUCUUUGUAGCUUUACCUUUAUUACGACCUGCGCACUGAUACUUAAUAUUGUUUUUGUGAUUUGGUCUGAGUGUACAUCUUCGUUUGUGGACUACAUGUAUACCAUUUACAGACCCAUCUUCUCUGCUCGUACAACGUCGGAUAAUAUGCAUUUAA